GCCGACACGUGCUGCGUGUGCUGCGCCAGCCUGCCGCUGGCGGCCCCGCUGACGCUAAUCGAUCGCCAGCUGCUGUUCGAGCUGCCCGCUCAGGAGGAGCUGAAGCCAUGCCCGUUCUGUGCGUCGCUGAGCGGCUGCCCGACGGCCGGCACGCCCGAGGAACACGAUCACGUGAAUAUCACGGAGCCGGCGCCGCGACGACGUCUGCACCUUCUGGUGGAGGGCGCGGCUCCGGGUACGACCGCCUCGGCGCGCCGAGUGCUGCGCCUCAGCGACCAGCAUGGCGGGGAGGUGGUGAGCGUGACCUGGGAGACGGGCGGGCGGCGGCGCGGCCGGCGGCGCGGUACCUGCCGCGGCGGCCCAGUUGGCGGCCGCGAGCUCCAGUGCCAGAUCUGCGGCAAGCAGAUGCUCUCCAUUUCGCGGCUGAAGAAGCACCAGCUGGUGCACACAGAUGAUCGUCCAUUCCACUGUGACAAGUGUCCCAAGUCCUUCAAAUCCGUCCAUGUGUUGAAUGCCCAUCAGCUGACCCACAUCAACUACCGACCCUUCAAGUGCGACAUCUGCCUGCAGACCUUCGCGAAGAAGUGGACGCUGCGCGGCCACAUGUCCACCCAUGAUCGCCAGGACGGCGCUGAUGACCUGACCUGCACGGACUGCCGCUGCUCGUUCCAGGACCGCUCCACCUACGAGAGUCAUGUCAAGAUCCACACCGGUGAGAGGAAGUGGGAAUGCAAGGUCUGCCACCGUGGCUUCGCCAAGAAGCUGAAGCUGAGGAAGCACAUGGUGGUGCACUCCCAGGCAAUGCUGCACAAGUGCCACCUGUGCGACCGCGAGUUCAGAUGGAAGGAGAAGCUGGUGAAGCACGUGAUGCUGCACACGGGCGAGCGGCCUUUCAAGUGCUGCGAGCCACGCUGCGUCAAGUCGUUCCGCGCCCACUCCGAUCUCAACGUACACAUCCGGAACGUGCACAAGAAGCAGCCCAAAAAGCUGGACUACCCCAUCGUGAAGUCAGAGCCGAAGCCGAACCACUGCGAGCUGCUGUUAAUGCGGGUCAACGAGAUGGAUGGCAUCCCGCCCUGCGACCUCUGCACGCGCACGUUCGCCAGCAAGGAUGACUACCUGAACCACAUCAUCCCCGCCCACCGCGACCAGGAGGCCUACGUCUGCCACCCGUGCAAGCGGGUGUUCGACGACAAGCGUGUGUACGACGAUCACGUGGAGGAGCGGCACCGGCGUGGCGAAGUGAUGUGGCGCUGCCAGCUCUGCCCCAAGAUCUUCAACAAGCGCUCGCUGUUCGAGGGCCACAAGACGCUGCACACCACCAAGUUUCAGUGCAAGAUCUGCUUCAGGUUCGCGUCCGACGAGAAGCGGCUGGAGGUGCACAUCAUGAACCACCGAUACACCGACAUCGACAACAGCUCACAUGCCUGCACCAUCUGCUGUCGACAGUUCAAGCUGCGGUUCUCACUGAAGAACCACAUGUUCAAGAUGCACGGCAUCGACCUUCCAUCGCUGCGGAAGCCGCCCAUGCGCAAGUUUGAGUGCAGUAUCUGUCACGCUCGCUUCGUGCGCCCCACGCCUGCUUACAACCACAUGGUCCGCGUGCACAACAUUCGGCCGGAGCCGGAGGUGCAGGACAUGUUCGACCUUACCAACCUGUCCGUGGAACACCCAGAGCUAGCGGCCCUGUCUCCCCGCCAGACGCUCAACUACCAGUCCAUGGACCCGGACGACCCGAGCGCGCUGGCGACGCUGCAGAACAACAUCCGCAUCAAGGUGGAGGCGAUGGCUGCGCAGGGCAUGUGGGAUGCCUCGGAGGCCGACGGCUCCACCUACCUGGGCGGCAGCGCGGCGCGCGCGCAGCGUCAGCAGAUCAUCGUGAUCCAGCAGGAGGGCGAGGAGGAGAUCGACCUGUCGCGCGUGUUGGGCAACACCACGUCGGCCGAUGCGCAGACGCUCACUAUGAACGCUGACGGCGUGCUAGUCGACGACCAGGGCAACCCGGUGUCGCUGAUGGUGGAGGGCGGCGGCGCGGCCACGCACCUGCUCGAGUACCUGCGCAGCUCAGACCCGGUGACCAGCCGGCCCAACUGA